UCAUCUAUCCAAUGUCAUGGACUCAUGAUUUCUAAUGGUUGAGAAUGAUCUGCUUUUCAGAUAAUACCAUCCAGUCAAUUUUCUGUUGCUGCUGUUGCUGUUCCGUGCAGAAGCGACAAGUGAGGACACAAAUAAGCCUGAGCAAGGAUGAAGAACUUUCCGAAAAAUACACGGAACAUCGCAGACCGUGGUUCAGUGGAUUGCCAAGUAAGAAGCAAUCCAACAGUGGCCGUGUGCAACCAUCAAAACGCAAGCCGCUGCCUCCCCUCCCGCCAUCUGAGGUUGCUGAAGAGAGGAUCCAAGUCAAGGCACUGUAUGAUUAUCUGCCCAGAGAGCCCUAUGAUUUAGCGUUAAAGAGAGCAGAGGAGUACCUGAUACUGGAGAAGUAUAAUCCUCACUGGUGGAAGGCCAGAGACCGCCUGGGGAAUGAAGGCUUAAUUCCAAGCAACUAUGUGACUGAAAACAAACCAACUAAUUUAGAAAUAUAUGAGUGGUACCAUAAAAAUAUUACCAGAAAUCAGGCAGAACGUCUUUUGAGACAAGAGUCUAAAGAAGGUGCAUUUAUUGUCAGAGAUUCAAGACAUUUGGGAUCCUACACCAUUUCUGUGUUUAUAAAGGCUAGGAGAAGCAUGGAGGCCACCAUCAAACAUUAUCAGAUUAAAAGGAAUGACUCUGAGCAGUGGUACGUGGCUGAAAGGCACCUCUUUCAAUCAGUCCCUGAGCUGGUCUGGUAUCACCAACACAACGCAGCUGGGCUCAUGUCCCGUCUCCGCUACCCCGUUGGGCUGAUGGGCAGCUGUUUGCCAGCCACAGCUGGUUUUAGCUACGAAAAGUGGGAGAUAGACCCGUCUGAGUUGGCUUUUGUAAAGGAGAUUGGAAGCGGUCAGUUUGGGGUGGUCCAUUUAGGCAAAUGGCGAGCACAUGUCCAGGUAGCUAUCAAGGCCAUCAACGAAGGCUCCAUGUCUGAAGAGGAUUUCAUUGAAGAGGCUAAAGUGAUGAUGAAAUUAUCUCAUUCACGGCUUGUUCAGCUUUAUGGAGUAUGUAUACAGCGGAAGCCCCUGUAUAUUGUGACAGAGUUUAUGGAAAAUGGCUGCCUGCUUGACUAUCUCAGAGAGAGAAAAGGAAAGCUUAGGAAGGAGAUGCUGCUGAGUAUGUGCCAAGAUAUCUGUGAAGGGAUGGAGUAUCUGGAGAGGAACUGCUUUAUUCACAGGGAUUUAGCGGCGAGGAACUGCUUGGUCAGUUCUACAAGCAUAGUAAAAAUUUCAGACUUUGGAAUGACAAGGUACGUUUUGGAUGAUGAAUAUAUCAGUUCUUCUGGAGCCAAGUUCCCAAUCAAGUGGUCCCCUCCUGAAGUUUUCCAUUUCAACAAGUAUAGCAGCAAAUCUGACGUCUGGUCAUUUGGAGUUUUGAUGUGGGAAGUUUUUACAGAAGGAAAAAUGCCUUUUGAAAAUAAGUCAAAUUUGCAAGUGGUAGAAGCUAUUUCUAAAGGCUUCAGGCUCUACCGCCCUCACCUGGCACCCAUGUCCCUGUAUGAAGUCAUGUACAGCUGCUGGCAUGAGAAACCUGCAGGCCGCCCGACGUUUGCUGAGCUGCUGCGGGUGCUCACAGAGAUCGCGGAAACCUGGUGACCUGGACGGAAUGCCGACCCAGGGCGUCGUCCGGCAAGACUGUCACACAGGGAAACCCUGUGUGUGGGUGGCUAAUGGUGAAUGUUUUCCUUUAGACGCACUGACUCUCGGAAACAGCGCAAAGAUCAUAGACUUUUCAAACUUUUUAAAGUUUAAGCAUAUUCUGACAAUUUUUCUACAUGCGUAUUUGACAGAGACUUCGAAGCUCUGAUUUUUCUGUAAUAUUCUUUGCGUCUGAAGGAAGGAAAAAUACUCCAUAGCGGCCUUCAAACUGGCUACUCUUCCUGAAAACAGCCCCGAGGCCCCCUGAGGGCACGUGAACACCUCAUCCUUUACUGAGGAAGGGUCUGAGGACAUUUCUUUCCUGAAGAAGAGUGACAUUCUUUCCUUUGAUGGCCCAUGCACAGAAGAUGAAAAUAAAGUCUUCCAACUCCUGGAAUGAAGGAGCAGCCCCUGCAGAAUGUCAUGCUUUUGAGCUGUACGGAGUUUCAUGAAAAAUGCACCUUUGCCAACCACGUGAAUGUGAGCCUUCUGGAACUCCCCCAUAACCUUCCCUGUGUUAUUUAGCAGAUUGUUUUUGCAUGUUUCUGAUUAUCUGGGGGACAGUCUCCUGUGUUCCAGGAUUGAGCAUGGUUAUAGGAGAGAGUUCUUCUUUGAGUGGGUCCUGGUGACAUUUCUAUUUCCAGCGAUGUCCAUUGUCUGCAGCAAUUCAGAACUGGAAUCUUAGUUCUGAGAUUUCACACUUUGUAUGUGUGAAGUUGGACCAUUAAAGAAGUCUCAUUUUGUCAUAGAAAGUGCCUCUAGUACCCUUCUAGAGGAUGACUUGUUUUUCCCACGAGAGCAAGAGGAGACAAAAACAAGAUACCCAAAUGUUACAUUAAGUUCCAUUAUUUUUGAAGUUCAGGGUUUUGGACUCAAGAUGGAACAAUCAGUCAUCAGAAGUAAAUCUUAACUUCUCGUGCACCGUAUGUGGGAAUGAUUGGAAAUUGAGCUUUGCUGUCCUGAGUGCUUCAGAAGUACACAGGGAGAAGGGUGCGACAGAAGGCACCAGUCAUUACCGUGAGGGUUAACGACAGGAGCCUCUUAUUCGUGUGCUGUCCCACCCGGCACCGUGGUUCUGGGGGAACGUGCUUUAUGAGUUUCGUGAGAUUCUAAGUUACUGGCUGUCCACAGUUGUGACUUUUAAAUCACAUUUGCCCACUCCAGGAAUGAUCCAUUAGAACAUCAGUGGUCCUCAGUCAAUGUGCAUUGAACUAAUGAGCAGCAGGCACAAGAAUUAUCAACCUUGAUAAUGUAAGUGGUGCUGUCAGAAAUAUUUGUGUGAGUUACUGUGCUGUUGCUGAAACUACCACACCCCACUUCCCUUACGAUCCUGCUGUGGGGAGGUGAGACAGAGGCUACUACUGAGACGCUGGCUCAAGGAGGAUGUGUGAAAGUCUAGCUCAGGAAGGCAUGAGACAAUUUAUCAGCAAAAGCUGAGGGAGGGGAGGUUAAUGUUAGGACAUAGGAAAUAAAGUCUUACCAAUAUAUGCAAGCAGGUAUCUAUCCUUAGACGUCCACACUCCCCCCACCAACCCCCCAAAAGCCCCAAACCCAAAUACUGAAAAGAUAGGACUGACUAUGGAGCAUCCUCCAUCCCUCUAGUGCAGGAAGCCAGUACAGAGCAAAGAGUAAUUCCUGGGGCAUCACGUGGCAGCAGCUGGCGCUUCUAAGAGUAUAUAUUGUUGGUGGCAAGGAAGUUCUAUUCCUUUUAUAUUAACAAUUCAGGAAAUUUUGAGAUACCCAACUAGGAAAGGAAUGCCUGGUUGUCACAUAGCUAACUGAGACUCCAAAUAAUGUGUGAAUGUGGAAUGUCUUCAGACAGAGAUUCAGCAUUCUCUGUCCAGCAAAAGAAA